UAGCUCUCACUCAUCUUUCAUUUUGUGUUGAGAGAGAUGGGCAAUUGCCAAGCUGUGGAUGCUGCAGCUCUAGUGAUCCAACACCCCUCAGGGAAGAUAGAAAGGUUGUAUUGGCCAGUGAGUGCAAGUGAAGUCAUGAAGACUAAUCCAGGUUAUUAUGUCUCUUUGAUCAUACCAUUGUCUGUGUCUGAAGGCCAGAAUCAGGAUCAGAAGAAUGUGGUUUUUACCCGUGUCAAGCUGCUCCGGCCGAAUGAGACUCUCACUCUUGGCCAUGCUUAUAGGCUCGUGACUACUCAAGAGGUUAUGAAGGCAUUGAAAGCCAAGAAAAAUGCAAAGAUGAGGAAGCCACAGGCAAACGCGGUAGAGGCUAUGCAAAUAGUGCACCUAGAAAAGGCAAGUUCGGAUAGUGAAAAUGGAGGGAUGUUGGACUCUGGAAAUAUAUAUCAGGCAAUAAGGGCAGACAGACACAAGCAAAGGAGUUCCACACAUGCUGCACUCAAGCUGAAAUCGUGGCGUCCCUCUCUGCAGAGCAUCUCAGAAGGUGGGAGUUAAUUGUGACAUGUAAGGUGUCUCAUACAACAUUAUUUGAUUGCCUUUUUCAUGUUUGAUGCUCCUCCUGGUUGAAUACCCGAUACAUGGCCAAAGUUCAAGAAAGGUUCCAACUACGAACUGCAAUUUCUCUUCCAUUACCAAUCGCAAUCUCAAAUAAAUCACCAUGUUCCAGGGACAGCAUGUUUGUAUAGCACCAUGAAGAAGAAGAAAUA